AUGUCGUCCACGUCUUCGCCUGUGCCCGAAACGACCGACAAGGCAGUUUCUGGGGCUAAAACGUCACUUGAGAUUGCAUUACCUACCUUCGAGGGAGAGUUUGCAUCGUGGGAAGAGUUUGGAGAGGCGUUUGACCGGUUUCCCGCACCGUGA